GUUAACUACCUCUGGUUUUCUCUAGUCAUUUCCACCCCAUGUGAUGUGAUAUAUUGCAAACAGAAUACAACCACAACCUUAACCUUCACAAACCACAACCUUAACCUUCACAAUUUCACUUGUUUCUCACGCACUACACUUUAGUUCCCUCCCAUUACGAAGCUUUUCAGAAAUUCCAGCUCAAAGGCACAUAUACUGUUUCAAGUUUUAAUUGGUUUGACAAGCUGGCGCAAUUCCGCUUCAAAAGGUCUAUUCCAAGAGACAAAUAUUGGUGGAGCUUUGAGCAGGAGCAAGAGCUGCUGCAUAUACAACUCUGGCCAACUCUUUAGAGAUAUCUUCACCAACCGGAACAGGCUUUGGUCUUUUCUUUUCCGGUUUCCAGUUUUGUUCAGAGAGGGUUCUAUCUCUUGUCCUGCCCCUUCCAACUGAUUAUGGCUAACGUCUGAUCCAAUGUGGUAGCUGCUAAACUAUCAAGUAGAGAUGUGAGUGGCAAUAGGAAUUGCAAAGGAAUCAAAAGGGGAAAAGAAGAUUGAAUUAAAAGGAUAUAGAACAAGCUUCAUCUUCUGUGAUGGCCAUGUUUAAGUGCUUCUCUGUUUUGAAUGUAAGGAAGGAGAAAAACAAGUCUCUAUCUUGCUUGCUUCUUCAGGGGAAUGAAAAAUCUUCAAAAGAGGACUUUCACACUCUACUUGCCAAACUACAAGACCAAAGAGUAUCAUCCAAGACAUGUGAUUUGAAGCCAACCACUUUUGAUGUUACAGUACCCCAUGGUAUCCAGAAAAAUCCAAGGUCCAGUGUGAGGGUUAUGAGUCUUGAGAGUCCUGUGAAGGCUGAAGUAGAGGAAGCUUAUGAAGGGGAAGAUGAGAAAGAAGAUUUACCCUCGUUCAAGAGGGAACUCUCUGAUUUUGAUCUCCAAAGCCAUGAUGCUGUUGCAACCAAACAAGGAUAUGAUCCCACAGAUAAUGAGAUAAAGUAUCCCCUUGUAUGUGGAAACCAAGCCAACAAUCAAUUGGAAGAUAAAAGGGAUAGACACAGCGAAAAGAGUGCUGAAUCUGUUGAUAUAAUCCAAAAUGGACAUGUCAGUGAUCCUGGGAUUGGCAAGGCUGACUUCUGGGCAUCUCCAAAGCUCCAGCGAUCCUGCUCUAACCUUGAAAGAAGGGAUGUGCUUAGGCAGAUAAUUCAUCACUUGCCUCCAUCACAGUCUUUUGAGGAUUUGCAGGAAUUAUCAGUAUAUCAGAUGGUUAAUUUUGAAAGCCCCAGGUCUGUGAUGAGUCACUGCAGUGCUGAUAGAGUAAUGUUGAAAAGGCAUUCUUCAAGUCAAGUACUUCCUUCUGGAAGUAAAAGAUUGUGGUGGAAGUUGUUCCUGUGGAGCCACAGGAAUAUACAUAGAACAAUUUCUAGCAAAUCAACACUAGUUCCUUCCAGUGCUGCUUUAAGGAGUCCCUAUGGGUACUCUUCAGACACCCUUGAACCAAAACAAGGCAAGGCAUUGAGACAUGUGGAAUCAUCUAAUUCAGUUACUAUGGAAUCCUUUAACAAAGGCAGCAUUGGUAAAAGUAUUCAUUAUCAAAGGCAGAGCAGAUCUCAAAAUGAAAAUUCAGAUAUUUGGCCCCAAAAUCAAUGGUUUGCUUUCUCAACAGAAUCAUCCUCCUUUGCCAGAGUGGAUGCAUGGGUGAAAGAUCUUGAUAUUCAGCAACAACUUCCUGAGGAUGAUUUUGAUGAUGACAAUGCCAGAAGCAUUGUCUUCCCACCUUCUCCUGAUGCUGGUAGAUCAAUGAUAAGAAGUACAACUCAGUUAGCUAAUUCAGAUGCCAAUCUUUCAAAGGAGAUUUUGAAUGCCAAUAGUGUGGUCCAGUCUUUAAAUCCAGCUUCAACUGUUGCUCACAUAUCGGGUAUUGGCAUAAAAGCCAUCCCAGCUAUUUCACACUUAUCCAAUCUCCGCUCUGUUAAUUUGUCAAACAAUUUCAUAGUACACAUCUCUCCAGGAUUUCUACCAAAGAGUAUUCAAACACUUAAUUUGUCAAGAAACAAGAUCAGCUCCCUUGAGGGCCUCAGAGAAUUGACCCGGUUGCGGGUAUUGAACUUAAGUUACAACCGCAUCUCAAGAAUUGGACAAGGGUUGUCAAGUUGUACACUUAUCAAAGAACUAUACCUUGCUGGGAACAAGAUAAGUGAUGUUGAGGGGUUACACAGGCUAUUGAAGCUAACAGUUCUGGACUUGAGCUUCAACAAGAUCACAACAACAAAGUCAUUAGGCCAGCUUGUGGCUAACUACAACUCCCUCCAAGCCCUUAAUCUACUCGGAAAUCCCAUUCAAAGCAACAUCAGUGAUGACCAGCUAAGCAAAGCAGUCUGUGGUCUUCUUCCAAAGCUGGUGUACCUGAACAAGCAACCCCUCAAGGCUCAGAGGGCACGUGAAAUACUCACUGAUAGUGUUGCCAAAGCUGCACUUGGGAACAGCAAGCGGAGCUUAGACAGAAAAUCACUAAAGAGAGUUGGCCAAGGAGGAUCAAGUUCAACCAGAGGGCAUAGAAGCAUUUCAAGUGUUGCCCAGAAAAACAUGAACAGGAAAAGAAGGUGAAAUAAAAGUAGCUAGUUGCCUCUAGAAGGAAAAACUCAUUAGAAAACUUUUCUUUUGGGUCUUUACAAUGUUUUAUUUGUUCAUACCAUAGAGGAAACUGUGCGCUAUGCGUUGACAGUCUCUUGGUUUGUUAAGUUUUGAAGUAAUGGGGUCUUCAUUGUCUCCAAUUUAGUGUGUGGAACUUGAUAUGAUCAUCUGGGUUUGAUGAAUUAUAUGAACAUUGUGCAAAUCGACUUUGCCUGUGCCAAACAAUAAUUGACCAGUCCGAUUGCUGCUGUUGUCACAGUAUCAAUUUUCAUUUGAAAUUAUCUGAAUACCAAGGCAUUCUGAUUGUAAGUAUCGAAGAACUUAUAAACUCCACAUUAGUUGUAUAUACAACUAAUGUGGGACUAUAUAUCUCAACACGCCCCCUCACACGAGAGCCCAUUGGGCUUGAAGAGUGGACAAUGCAACAGGCCCAGCCUACCUGUGCUAAGAAACUCCACAAGAGAAAGUGGGGGGCGGCGAGGAUUGAACCCGGGACAUGAGGCUCUGAUACCAUGUAAAGAACCUUUGAUACACCACUCCAAAAGCUAGCUCAAAGGAUGAGAGUGCCCAAGGCCACAUUAGUUGCACAUACAACCAAUGUGGGACUAUAUAUCUCAACACUGAUCAAUUCAAAAGAGAGACUAUGACUCGCUCCGCUCAUUUUGCUCAGAAUAUUGUUCCUGCCUUGGACUCUGCUUUGAUUGCUGGAUCACAACCACCUCCGUCUGUUCUCACUGAGUUCUUGCAAUGGUAUGAAGGGAAGCGUCCUCCUGGUACCACUCCUUUUUUUUUGUAUUUUAAAAUAUUUAAAAUAUUUAAUCAGCUCAGAAUCUAUAAAGUAAAAUGAAAUAUGCCACGGGAAAUUUCCAAUACCUGUGGUAAUAUUUAAAGGAAUUUAACUUCAAAUCAAUGCUGAAGAAGAGUGCUGAGAGACUUGGCUCCAAGAUUGUUGUGUACCAAUGGAUGAUGAAAUGCACGUAUCACACUUAUUAGGAGAAGAAACAAUACGACUCUCAAUGACAGGAAGGAAAUAAAGUUUAAUUGAGUAGUUUAGAAUCAUCUUAGGAUCCUACUUAUGAAGACCACAAAAAUCA